AUGUUUUGGUUGAAUCUGAAAAAGCGGCUCUGGGUUAAAGCCGGUGUGUCCCAAGUCAAUUCUUUAGGGACCCCCAUCACUGCUCUGUACAGCGGGUCCGGUCCUCCUCCGCUCCAGUGCCCCAGACAGGCCUGGUGUGGGCUCCUCCAAGAGCUGGGGGAGCGUGUGGUGUCUUUGUUCAGCUCCUCGCGGCCUCACUAA